GCCGCCUCUUAUUGGACGGAGAGGCGGAAGCGACACAAACACUCUGCUAACAACAACACUGACCAUUUGCACUGAGUUUGUGUCUUGUGGAGGAGUUUUUGGACCCUCAUGGCUUUGCCAGCCCAACUCAGAGCCAUCCAGCACCAUCUACGGACUGCUCAGGAGCAUGAGAAACGGGACCCGGUGGUGACUUAUUACUGUCGGCUCUACGCCAUGCAGACCGGCAUGAAGCUGGACAGCAAGACUCCGGAGUGCAGGAAGUUCCUGGUGAAGCUGAUGGACCAGCUGGAGUUGAUGAAGAAGGAGCUGAGCGAAAACGAUUCCAUCACUCAGGAGGUGGUCGGCAACGCUCACAUCGAAAACUACGCCUUAAAGCUGUUCCUGUACUCCGACAACGAGGACAGAGCGGGACGGUUCCACAAGAACAUGAUCAAGUCCUUCUACACCUCCAGCUUGCUGAUGGACGUUCUGUCUGUUUUUGGGGAACUUUCAGACGAGAACAUCCAGCACCGGAAGUACGCCCGCUGGAAGGCCACCUACAUCCACAACUGUCUGAAGAACGGCGAGACCCCGCAGUCCGGCCCCAUCGGCAUGGAUGAGGAUGAGGAAGCAGAGUUUGGAGCGGAAGGUUUCUCAGGACAGAGUUUCUCACAUGGAGGCUCCUUCAGGGCAGAUCAAAACCAGAAUCAAGAUCAAGGUCCAGCUCCAGGUAUCGGCUUCGCACAGGAUCCGGGAUCGGGUCCAACAGGCCCCCCUGCAUCGAACUACAACAACAUCCAGAUCCCACCAGGGGCCCACGCACCAGCCAACACUCCGGCAGAGCUGCCACCUCCUGCAGGAGAAGCUGGUAAACCAGUCGCUGCUGCCCGGUCGGUUCCUGCUGUUGACCCGUCACUGCUCAACGCCCAGCAGCAGGGUGGCGUUCAGCUCUCCCCUGAAGACUUCACCAAGGCGCAGAAGUACUGCAAGUACGCCGGCAGCGCUCUGCAGUACGAGGAUGUCGGCACAGCCAUCCAGAACCUCCAGAAAGCCCUGAAACUCCUCACCACCGGCAAAGAAUGAACUCUUUGUCUGUCUCCAGUCUGACUCCUCCUUCCUCCACUCCUUUUCUUCCAUCUCAACCCCCACCACUUUUCCUCCCCUCUAUCUGUCUCCAAUCUGGUCCAAAGUGAGCCGAUGGCCACUCUCGAGCGUCAGGCGAGGACGCGAUGGAAAUCAGACGGAACAAUGGUGGCCUGUGUCCACCGCCGCUGCAACUGACGGGACAACUGACCAACCGACUGCAGGACCUGUGGACUCAAAGCCUCGUUAGUGACUCCCUCCAGCUGGUAACGAGCUCAUCCUCCUCGCUGUGCUUCGUAUCGAUCUCAGCUGGUUCAAAAUAAAGAAGACCGAAAACAACAUCUGUAGGUCCAAAACUCCAACUUGAGUUUGUGUCAUUUUAUCAACUCAGGCUUUUUGUCACCAGAAGUGAUGUCAGUCAAUCUCCCCAGAAACAUAGGAAUGAACUCACUGAUGAUGGACUUUGUGUUUUAGAGCUUAGGUUUGAUCCAUGAAGCUCUUUUAUUUUUUAUAAACCUACAAAUAUCAGUUUGGAUGAAUAAAUCCUGUAAUUCCUGUCAAUAAAUCGUUCCACAGCUGGAUCAUUUGGUCCAAACUCAAAUUAUUCAAUAUCAGCAUAAACAAAACCCUUAUUUUGGCUGAAGUUACUUAUCUGAAUUUAAUCAAACGACUUUCAACGCUUCAUUGUGACUUAAAGUUAGUUUUAUAUUCCUGUUUAUUUUCACAGUAAUUCACAGUUUAACAGGUGAUGGGAUUUGAUUGUAAAAACUGAGGAUAAUCCUUUUACUGCUGGAAUACUUUACCUGGAAUGUUUGGCACAUUAAAUUAAUUUAAAGACAUUUUUCUCUUAGUGCUGUUCAUUUUAUGCUAGUUUCCUUUUCGGGAACCUUCACCCUGCUGACUAUUAGCAUCACUGUUUGCUUGAUUUCUCAGUAUGAAAGCCGAGACUCGGAGCUUAUGGUUGCAAACUGAUGCAGUGACAACAAAACAAAACUUUUUAAGCUCAGCUGUGCAGCCAAUGUUUCUCAGGUUUUAAGAAAUCUUUCCAGUCUUAUUUGAAUAUUCACUGCUGAACUGAAGCCUUUCAGCACCUGAUAAUGGCCUCGUUGUUGAAUGUUAGCUCACAGGUACUAAUAGUUUGUUUUUUGUUUGGUUUUUACACCUGUAUGUUGAUUUAACAUGCUACUGUAACAUUAGUCUUUACCUGCUAAUAAACAUCUUGGUAGAUCUUA